AUGGAUCAAAAUAUGGAAGAAAUUGAAAUUGUUUUUGCGCAAAAAUUGGCCGCUGGCGAGCAGGUUAUACGCAAAAGGGCGUUUAGGUUGUUGCGUAACUGGAUCAAGGAAGAAAGCGGAGAUAAGAGAUUCGAGGCAGAAUCUAUGGGUCGACUUUGUAAAGGAUUGCAUUAUGCACUUUGGAUGCAAGAUGAUAUGCUUAUUCAGGAAAAGCUAGCGGAUAAUAUUGCUUCACUAAUUGGCAAUUUUAGAAGCAAUGAGCAUUCAGCUCAGUUCAUAAUGCAUAUGUUGCUGGUAUUAUCAAACGAAUGGCACAGGAUCGAUCGUUGGCGUAUGGAUAAAUUCCUUAUGCUUAUACGCCGACUCCUUCGAGCUAUAUUCAAAAGAUUGAAGAGAUUUGGUUGGGACGAAUCGUUGGUGAAAACUCAUUUUAUUCAGCAAUUUAUUGCAGAUAACAGUUUUUGUGAGGGUCUUAAAUAUCAUUUCGCCUCUGUCUAUCUUGAUGAAUUGGAUGGUGCAGGCGGAUUAACAUCAGAGCAAGUUACGCGAAUGUUGGAACCUUAUUUUAAUUUACUUGCUUAUAAAAAUAUUUCGUUAUUCGAAUAUGGCAUAAUCGGAGAAGAACUAUUAAGGAUUGGUGGGAAUCAUUCAGUGAUCACAAAGCGCAGAAAAAAAUUAUAUAGACUUGCUCGCAGGUUGGAACUAUUUAUCAGAGAUAUGGAAUAUUGCUAA